AUGCAGAUCUUCGUCAAGACCCUUACGGGGAAGACUAUCACCCUCGAGGUGGAGUCGUCUGAUACCAUUGACAAUGUGAAGUCUAAGAUCCAGGACAAGGAGGGAAUCCCUCCCGACCAGCAACGUCUGAUCUUCGCCGGUAAACAGCUCGAGGACGGUCGCACCCUCUCUGACUACAACAUUCAGAAGGAGUCGACCCUCCACCUCGUCCUGCGUCUUCGUGGUGGUGGCAAGAAGCGCAAGAAGAAGGUCUAUACCACCCCCAAGAAGAUCAAGCACAAGCGCAAGAAGACCAAGCUUGCCGUCCUCAAGUAUUACAAGGUCGAUGGUGAUGGAAAGAUCGAGCGUCUGCGCCGCGAGUGCCCCACUCCUGAGUGCGGAGCCGGUGUUUUCAUGGCUUCCAUGACCAACCGCCAGUACUGUGGAAAGUGCCAUCUUACCUACGUCUUUGAUGAGUCCAAAUAG